AUGGUGGCUAAGAGCAGGAAACAGACCGGGAGGAGUCCGGCGACCCCGGCGGACCGCGACAGGAACCCGCUCGCGUCGCCCCCCGGUAAAAGCGGCGGCAGGCGGCCGGGCAGGGAGGGCAAAGCGGGCUCUCACCCCAACGGGCUCUCCGGCAUCGGACACAAGCUGGGGCUGAGUCCCUCGGCGCUGGGGCGGCUGGGGAUCACCCUGCUCCUCGCUGCUCUGUCUGGGUUCCUGCACUGGCACCAUCUGUCUCAGCUGUUUGAGAAUGACCGACACUUCUCACACCUGUCAAACCUGGAGAAGGAGAUGGCCUUCAGGACUGAGAUGGGUUUGUACUAUUCCUAUUAUAAGACCAUCAUCGAGGCUCCCUCCUUCCUGGACGGUCUCCACCUGGUCAUGAACGACCGGCUGACAGAGCACCCCCUGGUCAUCAACACACUGCAGAGAUUUAAUCUCUACCCAGAGGUGGUCCUGGCCAGCUGGUACCGCAUGUACACCGGUGUAAUGGGCUACUUUGGGAUUCCCACUAAGAUGUGCUGGUCCAUCAACAGAGGAGAAGGACUCACGCCUGUGGAUAGUUGUGAAGGAAUGGGCGAUCCAACGUAUUUCUACGUGGCGUGUGUGUUCGUGCUGAACGGCCUGAUGAUGAGCCUCUUCUUCGUUUACGGCGCCUACCUCAGUGGCAGUCGGCUGGGCGGCGUCGUUACCACCGUGUGUUUCUUCUUCAAUCACGGUGAAAGCACUCGUGUGAUGUGGACUCCGCCGCUGAGGGAGAGUUUCGCUUACCCCUUCUUAGUCCUGCAGAUGCUUCUCCUCACCUACAUCCUACGGACCCGGAACCUGAGCCGGGCGGCCCUGGUCGCUCUAGGCGUCUCCAAUGUGUGCUUCAUGCUGCCCUGGCAGUUUGCCCAGUUUGUGCUGCUCACCCAGGUGGCUUCUCUGUUUGCCUCGUACAUCCUGGGCUACCUGGGUCCCACCAAGAUGCAGUCCAUCCUGGUCACUCACAUGAUCACACUCGGCGUCUGCUUCAUCCUGAUGUUCGGUAACUCCAUGCUGCUCACAUCCUUCUACGCCUCCUCACUCGUCUCCAUCUGGGCCAUCAUUGCACUGAGGGAUCAAUUUGCUAAGGUUUUCAAACCUGGCAUCAUCAUCUGGGUCAUGCAGGGUCUGGCGUGGGUCGGCUCCACCGUUCUGCUCAAAUUCAUGUUGUCCACAAUCCUCGGUGUGUCUGACGACGCUCACAUCAGUGGACUGAUCAAGUCUAAGUUCACCAGCUACAAGGACUUCCACACCCUGAUGUACACGUGUGCUGCAGAAUUUGACUUCAUGGAGAUGGAGACGCCUCUUCGUUACCUCAAGACGUUCCUGCUUCCCCUCAACAUGCUGGUGGUUGCUCUCAUUGCCGGGAGGACGUUCCAGGAUGUCGUCCGGUUCCUGAGGGGCGGCGGGGGGGGGAAGGCAUCUGGCAAGAGCGACGAUGAUGACGAAGCUGCAGGGUCUGAAAUUGCUGCAAAAGGAGAGCUGGUGUACCACAGUCUGCAGCUGCUGGCGUUCGGCGUCCUGGCCGUUCUCAUCAUGCGUCUGAAGCUCUUCCUGACACCUCACAUGUGCAUCAUGGCCUCGCUCAUCUGCUCCAAGCAGGUGUUCGGCUGGAUCGGGGAGAGGUUUAAGCACCAGGUCGUGGUGUUUGCUGUCAUGGCUGCCAUGGCCGUACAGGGCGUGGCCAACCUGCAGGCCCAGUGGGGGAUCAUCGGAGAGUUCAGCAACCUGCCGCAGGAGGAGCUGCUGGACUGGAUCCAGGACAACACCCGUCCUGAUUCCGUGUUUGCGGGAGCGAUGCCCACCAUGGCCAGUGUGAAGCUGUCCACAGGCCGUCCCAUCGUCAACCAUCCCCACUACGAAGACGCUGGUCUGAGGGAAAGAACCAAGCUGGUUUACUCCAUGUACAGCCGCAUGUCCGGAGAAACCGUGAAGAGGAAUCUGAUGCAGCUCGGAGUCGACUUCUUCGUCCUGGAGGAUUCCUGGUGCACCAGGAGAACCAGGCCUGGGUGCAGCAUGCCAGAGAUCUGGGACGUCGAGGAUACUGAAAACGUUGGUAAAGUUCCCCUCUGCACCCACAUCUCCAAGAACUCACGACCCCACUUCACCACAGUCUUUUCCAAUGACAUUUACAAAGUUCUCAAAGUCCCCAAAGUCGCCAAAGAGCUCAGAUAACGCUGUGGGAUGAACUGAUCCAGCUCCAAACUUCUUCUUUCCACCUUCUGUUAGUUUGUUUUGUCAGUCACUGCCGUUGCUGCUUUUUACUUCCAAAAACUCAAACCCCCCCCCACAGUUCCCCUCUUAUCGGAGAGAGCUGUCACUGAGCACUGGACUGAUAGUAUUCAGUAUUUGUUUCUGCUGCAGCUUUCUGAUCCAGAGACGUUCCCAUCAUGCUCCCGUUGGUGCCCAAGUAAAAGCAAACGGGUGUUAAAGCUCUUUUGCUUUAGUUCUGUUACACACAUUUAUUUGAAGAGAUGCUGUUCAAACAUCAUUGUUUUGUUUUGUCACUUAAAGCAACACUGUGUAACUUUAAUAACGUUUUAUAAGCCUCCUGAUUCAUUGACUGUGAACAAGGAGAAAGUCCAGGUUCAGGUCCAGCAAUUUGAAGAGUGAAGCUGAACUGAGAUCAGUUAAAAACACAGUUCAUCUCCAAUAUUCAGCAGGAAACUUAAAAAACAAGAUGAAUUCUAAGCAGAGUUCUGUGCCGACAUUCCUCUGGUUCAUGAAGCAGAGGAUCAUGGGUAAUAUCCCCCAUUCGGUUUCUCUUCAUGAAAACCACAUCAUCGCUCGGAACUAGGGCCCAACAGAGUCAGUCACCUCGUGUGGCUGCAGGUGGCGCUGUUGCUCAGUAAAAGUUACCUAGUGUUGCUUUAAGAAGAACCUUGUGUCUCACAGGACCAAUCGAUGAUGUCCACAUACUGUGAAGCAAAACCCUUUGCAAACUUUGACAAAAGCUUCUAUUGUUAUGCACAGUGUUAAACUCUGAAAAGAUAUUCAGUUUCCUUUCUAUAAUUUAUUUGUGUGAAUAUUUUUAUGCAAAUUUCAAAAUGUUGAGACGAACAGUGUUUUAAGAGUCAAGUGAAACAGGUGAAAAUUUGAUUAAAGCUUUUUUUUUGUGGUCGUAACUCGAAUUUCAUUUCUCUCAAGAACUUUUUUAGCAGACGCUAAGUUCUUAAUUCAGUCAUAAACUGGCAUAAAAAGUUUUUAUGGAAAAACAUAAAGAAAAUCAAGUGGUUUUAAGUUCACUCUGCCCUGUACCGACCUUUUGUAAAUACCCAAACAGCUGUUUUGUACAAUACUGAUGUUUGGCCUUUAAAAGGUUCUUUGUGUUUGUUGAAUUAUUGUUAAUUGCCAAAGGACGUUUUGUUAUCAAUGGCGGGUAUUUUAUUCUGGGCACCGUAGCAGAUGAACAAUGUGCAUUUUGAGAACCAUCAGUGUGUGAGUUCUGUAACAGCCAAUCCCAAACUACUUUACUGUAGCAGUGACUUGAUGUAAAUGGUAGCAGUUGUUGUCUCCUUCGCUGGUUUGGACUCUGAUAAUGACUCUUCAGUAUUUUAAGAGAAUAUGGCUUUGUUACCGUUCGACAGGAAGAUGAAUGCUCCUCAUGCCUGUGUGUUGAAUAUGAAGCUACAGCCAGAAGGCUAUCAGUUUAGCUUAGCAUAAAGAUAGGCACUGGGGAAACAGUUCGCUUGGUAACACUACUUUGGGCCCGAGCGGCACAGUAGUCAGAGUUUAACUGGUUUCCUCUGCUGAGCUCACCACACACUUGCUGCAGCUUCAUGUUCAGUGAUUUAAAUGCAGAUGUGAGAUGGACUCAAUCCCAUCAUUUUAACUCUAAGCAAGAAAACAAAUGAGCAUAUCCAGAAUGUGUCCUUUGUGUGCAGUCUGAAGGUUUUAUCGUGUUGAAAAGAGGAUGUGAAAGUUUCCUUUACUCCCACUUUAGGUCAAAUCAGUGGCUGCAUAGCUGCAUUUUGUAUUGAUGGUUUGUUAUAAUCAGACUCCCUGAACAAUUUAAAUUGCAGUCACUCGUCUGUAUUUGUUUUUUUCCUCUCAUUUGAACUGACUUUUAUUUGCCCUCAAAGCUUGGUGCAUUAUUUCACAGGGAGAGUAGCAGAUGUGGAGCUUUACAGAAAACAGGAUCUUUUUUAAUAUCACGACUCCGUGAGGGCACUGAGACGUAGUUCCUCGUUUCGGGAAAUAAAACUCAUUUGCCAAGCAUUAGAUAUAAAGAUUGAUAUCACUCAGGCCUGGACAUUAAAAAUUAAGCCAGCAGAGAUGGUAACAUUAGCAUUGUCCUUCACAAUAAUUGGACUAUAUCAGAGUUUAAUUUCUUUAAAAGGUCCUAUGUACGAGUUUGUAACUGGUGUGAAUCAUUUCGGUACGACACUGUAUAGAUGGUUUUAUUGAUUAAGCAUCAGAGUGAGACUUUUAAAACAUAACAAACCUUUAUUCACAUUUCAAAAAGAGCUUCUCAGUGAGCGGCUGAACAAACCAGUUAGUCUUUUAGAUGUUGAGCAUUUGAUUUCAGAUCAGUUUCUUUGUGUAAAGCUCAUAUGAGGACUGAUGAUUUGACAAUGUAGAAGUGAUCUCGUGAGUCAAGUGCCCCUUGUUCAGGAGUGGGUCACACUUCCAGAAACACUUUGACGUAGGUAGUUGAUUCCUGUUGUGUUUCAGAUGUUUUUUAUAAUAUUUGUCUAUUUUGUCUGUAUUUUAAAAAAAAUAAAAUAUUUGCAUCAACAGUU